AUGGAAAUCGACGCGAUGGAAAUCGACGCUCAAGAGCUUUUAGACGAGGAAGUUCAAGACCCGGAGGACGAAAACCAAAGUUCCGAGACCGCGUUUAAAAACAAAAUAGCGAUCGUGCAGGAGCGUCGGGACUGGGUUAAAGAUUUGAAGGGACGGACCACUAGUGCCACAGAAAAGGAUUGGUGCGAUUCUAUGUUAGCCAAAACUGAUGAGGAGCUACUUGAAGAAGAUGAGUCUUGUUUUAAGGAACGCAACCCUCGAGAUGGGGCGGAAGAACAAGGCCCGAAUGACAGAAAUCAAAGUUCUGAGCAAGGCCAGGAUACGAGAGGAAACAACGAUGAGCAACCAAACAACAAUACAAGCGUUGGAACCGGACUUAAUCGUGGCCAACCCGGGCAUUUUAAGAACGAACUUUCGCCCAGUGGAAAAGAAGGAAAUGGCUUGAAACAAGCAACCUUUGACAACGAUGACAAGCCAUUGGUUCCCUUUCCCGGAAGCGCUGCGGAUGGAAAAGUCAAGACUGUAGGGUGGCUCGGUGGCCGGGGUGCUAGAUAUAUCAACAUGUAUGGCAGCAAAAGCGCACCGAGGUAUCGCAUUGAGGAGUACUGCUAUCCCCCUAGAUAUAGGAUAGAAAACGGCUUGGGGCGUUUCAGCAGCCGGUCGCCGUCUGUCGGCCUUAUCCACGAUACAGUUGAGCAGAGACGGGCAGAAUCCCUAAAUCCGGUCUCAACAGCUCAGGAGCGCGUUAAAGCACCAAGUCAGACGGCCAAUCCCACUCCGGAAAAUGCUUCGAUCGCCCGACUUCUUGCAAUGCCCCCGGCUUCCGGAGAACUGAUUCCCAUAUUCAACCAGUUCCUCAACUUCAUGCAGUCCGCUCAGGCCUCUACCCCGGCUGCGCUACCCAUGUAA